GGAUCUACUGCCAGGGAACAGGCCUCGUUUUACUGACGAGGUAAAGACCAUGGGUGACAACACGUCCUUCUUGUUUGGUGAGUCCAUUAAUACCACGGACAUCCCUUCAACAAACAAUCCAUCUGUGCCGCAUCCUCCCGCCUACCUUCUCGGCACAGCCACCGCCCUCUACGUCGUCGUCUUCGUUGUAGGUCUGUGCGGCAACUUUGCCGUCAUCUCUGUUGUUCUGCAAUGUCGUUCCAUGAGAACCUUCAUCAACUUUUUGUUCCUGAACCUCUGUCUAGCUGACCUGUUUGUCCUCCUGAUUACCGGACCAACAGCAGUGGUGGACAUAUAUGCCCGGGAAGUGUGGUACCUCGGCAAAUCCAUGUGUCACUUCAUCACAUUCCUCGAAAAUGUCGUCAGCCAUGCAUCGGUAUCCACGAUUCUAGCUAUCAGUAUAGAGAGGUUCAGAGUUGCAUGUCGGACACAAACGCAGCUAUCGACCAGAACCAGCGUCAUAGUGAAGGCCUUCAUAUGUGUGUGGACAGUUUCCAUCAUUUCGGCUAUCCCGUUCUUCUUCAUCACAGAGUACAAGACCUUGCCCCUGGUGGAUGGUACUCUAGUUCCGGUCUGCCGAACUCCAAUCCACAAGACCUGGCAUAGGGUGUACAUUGUCCUCAUCACCAGUUUCUUCUUCGUCAUCCCGCUUCUCUUCAUCCUCACCCUGUACAGCAAGGUUGGAACCAAGCUGAUAUCACUGUACAGGAUCGAGCGUAAGAAGCUGGAGACCUAUCCGAAGGAGAUAGUCAAGCUGAAGAGACAGAUGAUUCAGAUAAUCGUCACGGUGGUUCUUGUGUUCUUCAUCUGUCACACGCCUUACCGAGCUCUCGUUAUCUGGACAAUGUUUGAGGAUCGGGGAACCCUACGGAAAUUAGGGUUGGAGGGAUAUCUGGCCGUGCUGUAUUUCCCUCGUAUCCUCCUCUACUCCAAUCACGCUAUUAAUCCAUUUGUGUAUAAUUUCGUGUCCCGGAAGUUCCGACGAGCUCUACUUUGGGUGUGUUGUGACCGACGGCGCAAUGUUUCCCGUAUGAAUAAACAUGAACAGGCUGAACUACAGCCGAGAAGAGGGUCCAAAUUUCAAAAUGGUUUAGCUAGGUUUGGCAGUGUUCCGAAGGAAGAGAUAGAAUACAUCGUUCACACAAAUCGCACCCAGCGGAACGAUUUUUUAGUAUUAUACGAAAACCUAUUAAACUGAAGGGAGUUCUUCUCUAGUUUGUCGAAAAUGUGUUUCUUCACAUACAUGUACGUCAGUAUUGUCAAUUGUAAAUAUAUAUCCUUAUAACUUUAUUUAUCAUUUAAA